UCAUAAUCAUCGCGGCUUGUUAUUGUAAAAUUUGUUUGUUAGGCUUUUUUUUCGAUUUUUGUAUAUUUUUAUUGUUUAAUUUAAAUUGUUAGAAUUUAGAAAAAAAAAUGGUUAAAGCUAGACGUUAUGUGUAUAAAACAGCUUUUGAUGGUGAACCAAAGAAAACUGAUUUAGAAAUUGUAGAAGAAGAAUUACGACCUAUUAAAGAUGGAGAAUUUUUAUGCAAAGCUGUAUAUUUGAGUGUUGAUCCCUACAUGAGAGCUUACAUGUCCCGCUAUGAAACAGGUGUCACCAUGAUUGGAGGUCAAGUCGCAGAAGUAAUCGAAAGUAAACAUAAAAAGUAUCCAGUUGGGCGUUAUGUAGUGGGUUAUUUUGGCUGGGUAGAUCAUGUGAUUAGUGAUGGAAAAGUUCAAUUCUCCGGUGCGGUAACAGAGGUUUAUUUAUUACCAGAUUUCGGAAAACUUCCAGUUUCUCUUGGUCUAGGUGUUUUAGGAAUGCCAGGACAAACAGCAUACUUUGGAUUUUUGGAACUUUGCCAACCAAAAGAAAAUGAAACAGUGGUUGUUUCUGGAGCGGCGGGUGCAGUUGGUAGUUUAGUUGGACAAAUUGCUAAAAUAAAAAAAUGUCAUGUCGUUGGAAUAGCGGGUAGUGAUGAAAAAUGUAAAUGGUUAAUCGAUGAAAUUGGUUUUGAUCGUGCUAUUAAUUAUAAGACUGCAAAUUUUGAAAAACAAUUACAAAAUGCUGCACCGAAAGGAGUUGAUUGCUACUUUGAUAACGUUGGAGGGGAAAUUAGUAGUACCAUUAUUAAAAAUAUGAAUUAUAGAGGACGAAUAUCAGUUUGUGGAUCGAUUUCAUCGUACAAUGAUACACAUAAUAAUUUAUCCAAAGCAACAGUCAUCCAACCAUUUAUGAUAUUUAAACAAUUACGUAUGGAAGGUUUUAUUGUACAUCGAUGGGCAGAUCGUUUUGGUGAAUCCACAAAAGAAUAUUUGAAAUGGAUUAGUGAAGGAAAAAUUAAAUAUCGUGAAACUGUUACCAAUGGUUUUGAAAAUAUGUUUGAAGCAUUUGUUGGUAUGUUAAAAGGUAAAAAUAUUGGAAAAGCUGUUGUGCGGGCAUUUCCAAAAUGAUCUAGUUUUAAGUAAAAUUUAAAAAAUAUUUGUA